AUGGUUCCUAAUAUUAUCACUUACAAUAUCCUAAUUGAAGGCUUGUGUGAAGCAGGGAAACUUCGAGAAGCUUUGGAUACUUUCUCAUCUCUUACAGAGAAGCGCUUACUGCCAACUAUCUAUACUUAUAAUAUAGUUGUCAAAGGACUUUGUGAAACUGGUUUUCUGAACGACGCCAUUGAAUUGGUAGGGAGGAUGGAGGAGAAUGGAUGUCCUCCAGAUGAAUGUACAUACAAUAUAAUUAUCAGGGGGUUUUUGAAAGGCAAGGAUAUCAGCAAGGCUUUGGAACUUGUCACCGCUAUGAGAAGCAAAAAGUUUGUUGCUGAUGCUUACACCGCUUCCUUAUUUUUUAGCUUACUCACUGAUCAUACUGUAUGUGAUUCAGACAGGGCUCUACUUCAAAACUAUUUCAAGAGCUGA